UGCUUCGCCGCUUGCUCGGCGCGAGGGAUCGCGAUAGCGGCGUCGGGGGCGCGCCUUCCCCGCCCCCUCGCCUUCCCUUCGGGGCUGCCGUGCGCUCGCUCCAUGCUCGCGAGGAGCAGCGACUGGCUGGGCUGACUGGGCUGUCCGGCGGGCGAAGGGAGGCGCGCUCCCAGCAGGCGGACUCAGUCGGCGGCGCCGCCGCGUUCCUCCCCUCGGGCAGCGUCCGCUCGCGGGAGGAGGAGGCGGAGGAGGCGCAGAGGAGGCGGCAGCAGCAGCUUCUCCGUCGCUCGACGUCCAGGGAGCCCGCAAGAAGGCAGCAUCCUCGGGAAGCGCCGCCAGCAGCGUCCGCCACCUUCGCCAGCCGAAGAGGCGAGGGCGGCCACAAAGGGCUCUUUGUGCGGCGGCGGCGGCUCCUUCGUCCUUCUCUCUUGGCCGGCGCCAGCAUGGGGGCAGCCAGCGCCACCUUCGUAGCCGUGCUGGCGGCGUCCGCCUUCGCCCUCUUCCUCGACGCAGCAGGUGAAAUGGAAAUACCAGAUUCUGACGAUCCUUUAGGCCAAAUGGAUGGACAUGACAGACCAGUUCCAACACACAAAGGCUACUUUUUGACCUUUUUGGAACCAGUAAACAAUAUCACCAUAGUCCAGGGCCAGACGGCAAUUCUCCACUGCAAAGUCGCAGGAAAUCCAUCGCCAAAUGUCAGAUGGUUAAAAAAUGAUGCGCCAGUGGUUCAAGAACCAAGAAGGAUCACCAUAAGGAAAACAGACUAUGGCUCACGACUCAGAAUCCAAGAUCUUGACACCACCGACACUGGGUAUUAUCAAUGCGUGGCUACAAAUGGGAUGAAGACCAUCACUGCAACAGGAGUUCUGUUUGUAAGGCUGGGUCCAACACACAGUCCGAACCACAAUUUCCAGGAAGAUUACCACGAAGAUGGGUUUUGCCAGCCUUACAGGGGAAUUGCUUGCGCUCGCAUCAUUGGAAACAGGACUAUAUACGUGGAUUCCCUCCAGAUGCAAGGGGAGAUCGAGAACCGAAUCACUGCUGCAUUUACCAUGAUUGGCACAUCCACCCAUUUAUCGGAUCAGUGCUCCCAGUUUGCCAUUCCAUCUUUCUGCCACUUUGUGUUUCCUCUCUGCGAUGAGCGCGCUCGGACACCUAAACCAAGGGAGCUCUGUCGGGAUGAGUGUGAAGUUCUGGAGAACGACCUCUGUAGGCAGGAAUACAACAUUGCUAGAUCUAAUCCGCUCAUUCUGAUGCAACUCCAGCCACCCAAAUGUGAAGACCUGCCACUGCCAGAAACCCUGGAGGCUGCCAACUGCAUAAGGAUCGGAAUACCUGUAGAUCGGCUCAACAGGUAUCACCAGUGUUACAAUGGCUCUGGAGCAGAUUAUAGAGGCACCAUCAGUGUCACAAAGUCAGGCCACCAUUGCCAAUAUUGGGACGCUCAGCAUCCUCAUCCCCAUCACUUGUCAAGCACAGAGUUUCCAGAACUUGGAGGGGGACACGCAUUCUGUCGCAAUCCUGGAAGCCAGAUGGAAGGUCCCUGGUGUUUUACGCAAAACAAAAACGUACGCAUGGAACUGUGUGAAGUACCUUCUUGUAGUCCACGUGACAACAGCAAAAUGGGGAUCCUCUACAUCCUGGUACCCAGCAUAGCAAUUCCUUUGGUUAUUGCCUGCCUCUUCUUCUUGGUGUGUAUGUGCAGGAACAAGCAGAAGACAUCUGCUACUACUCCGCAGCGUCGCCAGCUGAUGGCAUCUCCUAGCCAGGAUAUGGAAAUGCCUCUCAUUAAUCAGCACAAACAGACUAAGCUGAAAGAGAUCAAUCUCUCCACGGUGAGGUUCAUGGAGGAGCUCGGCGAGGAGAAGUUUGGGAAAGUUUAUAAGGGUCACCUGUUUGGUACAACGCCAGGCGAGCAGACGCAGACAGUUGCCAUCAAAACCCUCAAGGAUAAAGCCGACUUGACCCUCCGGGAAGAAUUUAAACAUGAAGCGAUGAUGAGGUCACGGUUACAGCACCCAAAUAUCGUUUGCUUACUGGGAAUAGUGACAAAGGAGCAGCCCAUCAGUAUGAUCUUUAGCUACUGUUCCCAUAGCGACCUGCAUGAGUUUUUGGUUAUGAGAUCCCCUCAUUCUGACGUCGGCAGCACUGAUGACGACAAGACCGUGAAGUCCACAUUGGAGCCAGCAGAUUUUUUCCACAUUGUGACUCAGAUAGCAGCAGGGAUGGAAUACCUGUCAAGCCAUCACGUCGUCCACAAAGAUUUAGCCACUAGAAAUGUAUUGGUGUUCGACAAACUCAGUGUGAGAAUAUCCGACUUGGGCCUUUUCAGGGAAGUCUAUUCCGCCGACUACUACAAACUCAUGGGAAAUGCUCCUCUGCCUAUACGGUGGAUGUCCCCCGAGGCAAUCAUGUAUGGCAAGUUUUCCAUUGAUUCCGACAUCUGGUCCUACGGAGUGGUAUUGUGGGAGAUCUUCAGCUACGGCCUGCAGCCUUACUGUGGCUAUUCCAACCAAGAUGUCAUCGAGAUGAUAAGAAACAGGCAGUUUUUGCCCUGUCCCGAUGACUGCCCUGCGUGGAUGUACUCACUGAUGUUGGAAUGUUGGAACGAAUUUCCCAACCGAAGGCCAAGAUUCAAAGACAUCCACAACAGGCUGAGAACCUGGGGGAACUUGUCGAAUUACAACAGCUCGGCACAAACGUCCGGGGCGAGCAACACCACGCAAACCAGUUCCCUCAGCACAAGCCCCGUUAGCAAUGUCAGCAACACUAGGUAUGUUGGACCAAAACAGAAAGCGCAAGCUUUCCCUCAGCCACAGUUCAUACCAAUGAAAGGACAGAUAAGGCCCAUGGUUCCGCCACCUCAACUCUACAUUCCCGUCAAUGGUUACCAACCCAUGCCGGCCUAUGGAGCUUAUUUGCCCAAUUUUUAUCCUGUGCAGAUCCCAAUGCACAUGGCUCCUCAGCAGAUGGCUCCUCAGAUGAUUCCAAAACCAGGGUCCCAUCACAGUGGCAGUGGUUCCACAAGCACGGGAUAUGUAACAACUGCUCCCUCCAAUGCCUCUGUGGCAGACAGGGCUGCUCUGCUGUCUGAAGGUGCAGAUGAUGUGCACGCCGCUGAAGACGUUGCUCAGAGUCUGGUCCAGGAAGAGGAGGAGGAAGAGGGCUCAGUGCCCGAAACAGAAUUAUUGGGUGAUAAUGACACUCUUCAGAUGGACGAGGCAGAAUUCCAGACAGAAGCCUAGAGAUGUUGGCCUUACUACAAAGACAAAAUGGGGCACGUCUACAAUCCACUGGAGGCUGUCGUCCUUUU